AUGGCUGAUGUUUCCAGAGGCCUAAACUUCCUUGAGACCCUGAAAGAAUCCAUAGAAAGCAAUAAGUUAUCAGAUGUCAGGGAUGCAGUGGAAGAUCUCUUGAUCAGUAGGAUCAACUUGGGUGUGGUGGGUAAGCGUGGAGAUGAAAAAGACUCCUUCAUGAACUCCCUCCGUGGCCUUGGUCCUGGGGAUGAGGGGGCAGCUCCAGCUUCAACCCCUGCCGCCUCAGAGGAAGUGGCAGGCUAUCCUAACCCUAAACACCCUGACUUUCGACUGUGGGACCUGCCAGCUGUGACAGACACGUCCCCAUUUGAACCUGAGGGAUACAUGGAUAGAGUUAAAUUCUUCCGUUACAAUGCUGUCUUCAUGACAUUCACGCAUACAAUCCACUCCAACAGCGUGGAGGUGUUCUUGGAGGCCCGUUCACUGCAGCGACAAACGGUGUACUUGAUUCUCUUAGCUUCAGUGGAAGAAACAGAGAAGAGCCUGGAAGAGAAGAAGAAAGUCAAUCUGGAAACACUGAUAUCGCAGGGUGUGACACAGCCUAAACUCUAUCUGGUCAGAGCCUCCACCCUGGACAAGUUUGACUUCCCUGGUCUGUUGGAGGACAUGGGCAGAGACCUUCCAGAAAUCCGAGCCCACGCCUUUCUCUUGGCUCUACCGACGUUCACCUCAGCGCUGGUCACCCAGAAAAAGGAGGCAUUCAAAGCACUGGUAUGGGCGGCUGCGUCACUGUCCGGUGGGAUGUCUGCUAUCCCUGUUCCCCUGGUGGCCUCUAUGGUGGACUCAAGUGUAGCCGUGCGGAUUCUGACAAAAGCACAGUUAUCUCUGUGCCUGGACGAUGAAUCAAUUGAGCGACUGGCCCGACAGCGAGGCGUGGAGCCCCCGAGACUUAAAGGGCUGCGGACUUGUGUACUGUCAGUGGAGGUCACCAAAGGGGAAGUGAAGAAGCGACUGGCGGCGGCAGAAAAGGACUUGGCCGUGGUUUCGUCAAAGCUGGUGGAGAUGGCAAUGCCCAGACAUGCCCGUUAUGCCAGCCGCUCCUUCACUGCCAUGCUGCAGGCUUUGAACGGCGCCAUUGAUGAAAUGGCGAGCGAUGCUGAGAAGAUAGUCACUGUUGCUAUUGGGGAGGGGAAGCUUUAG